ACAUUUCAUAAUAAAAUCACAAUUCACAGUUUGACUAGCAAUGUAGAAGCCUGCGGCGGUGCAUGCAGCACCUUACAAAUGGCACUCAUUCAUUCAUCCACUGUCGGAUCUCAACCACAACCUCUCAAUCAUCCUAACCCUUAAUUUUGCAAGGGCACUCAUGUCCUUCCAAUUUACACACCACUAUAAAUGUAAGUAACCAACCUUGCUUCUUCCAAGUCCAAGCUACUCUUGUGGUUAGUUACAGGGAGAGCCAGUGACAGUUGAAAAGCUACUCGAGUUCUCAUAUUAAAUCCAGAAAAUGCGUGAGAUUCUUCACAUUCAGGGAGGGCAGUGUGGGAACCAGAUAGGAUCAAAGUUCUGGGAAGUGGUGUGUGACGAGCAUGGGAUUGACCCCAUAGGGCAGUACGUAGGGAACUCAGAACUUCAACUUGAAAGAGUGAAUGUUUAUUACAACGAGGGCAGCAAUGGACGUUACGUGCCACGGGCAGUGCUGAUGGACCUUGAGCCUGGCACCAUGGAUGCUGUCCGGACCGGCCCUUAUGGCCAGAUUUUCCGGCCGGAUAACUUUGUUUUCGGGCAGUCGGGUGCUGGCAACAAUUUCGCCAAGGGACAUUACACUGAGGGUGCUGAGCUCAUUGACUCUGUUCUUGAUGUUGUCAGGAAGGAGGUUGAGAAUUGUGACUGCUUGCAAGGAUUUCAAGUGUGCCACUCUCUUGGAGGGGGAACAGGUUCUGGAAUGGGAACUCUGCUCAUAUCAAAGAUGAGAGAGGAAUACCCGGAUCGAAUGAUGCUUACCUUCUCUGUCUUUCCAUCUCCAAAGGUAUCAGACACAGUUGUGGAGCCUUAUAAUGCUACCCUUUCUGUUCACCAGUUGGUGGAGAAUGCCGAUGAGUGUAUGGUCCUUGAUAACGAAGCACUGUAUGAUAUCUGCUUCAGGACCCUCAAGCUCACUACCCCAAGCUUUGGAGACUUGAAUCAUUUGAUAUCAGCAACAAUGAGUGGAGUUACAUGUUGCUUAAGAUUCCCGGGUCAGCUCAACUCAGACCUGAGGAAGCUAGCUGUGAAUUUGAUACCAUUUCCAAGACUUCACUUCUUCAUGGUGGGUUUUGCUCCCCUGACAUCUCGAGGAUCACAGAACUACCGUGCCCUUUCUGUCCCGGAACUGACACAGCAGAUGUGGGAUGCCAAGAACAUGAUGUGUGCAGCUGAUCCGCGCCAUGGUCGUUACUUGACAGCCUCAGCUGUGUUCAGAGGAAAAAUGAGCACAAAAGAAGUUGAUGAACAGAUUAUGAAUGUGCAGAACAAGAACUCAUCCUACUUUGUUGAGUGGAUUCCCAACAAUGUUAAGUCCAGUGUCUGUGACAUCCCACCUAGGGGCCUUUCGAUGGCUGCAACUUUUGUGGGGAACUCAACUUCUAUACAGGAGAUGUUUAGGAGAGUGAGUGAGCAAUUCACAGCCAUGUUCAGGAGGAAAGCCUUCUUGCACUGGUAUACGGGAGAAGGAAUGGAUGAGAUGGAAUUCACUGAAGCAGAGAGCAACAUGAAUGACCUUGUUGCUGAGUAUCAACAGUACCAGGAUGCCUCAGCUGAUGAAGAAGCUGAUUAUGAAGAUGAAGAAGAGAGUAUACAAAGCUAAAGAUGUUCGACCAACCUAAUGCUUCUCAUGCUGCAAGCAGUAUUUAAUCGUUGAUGUUAAGUUCUUUGGCUUUCUAAAUGUUUGUCCAGUUUGUGGUAGCUGCAGAGAUUGCAGUUCACAUGUUUUAUGCGCUCAACUAUACUUACCUCAUGGUGUUUAUCUGA